AAAUUCGACACCGGAAGUUACAGAAUGCGAAAUGAAAACAGAAAUAUUACACACGAAAUGGAAGUAAAUAACGAGUCUCAAAUUCCCAACGGAAAAAAUAAACAUGGCUCAGAUGGCUCCAAGUAUGGGAGAAUGGACCUAGCAGACUUUGUUACAGAAGUUGAUAGAUUUUCAACUCUUAUUGAACCUAUUGCAUUAGUUGUGUACUUCAUCGAAGAUAUAAGAAGAUGGAAAUACACAAUGGGAACGUUGGCUGUAUGGAUUUUGUGCAAUCUUGCUUGUCUUGUUUUGACAAAAGGUGCUGUAUUUACUCUGAUGUCACUGUUGGUGAUCUGCAUUGCUACAACAUCACUUGUGCAGUUACACACUAGGAUUCUGGGGAAAUUCCUCCCCUCCACAUCACCGACAAAGGAAGAAGAAGAAGAUGUGGAGGAUGAGGAAGUGAUGAAGACUGUCAAACAGUUCCGUUAUAGUCUUCUACAGAUGUAUGACUUCAUUGUACUGUGUAAUGAUGGGCUGACAGAGUUUUACAGAAUUCUUAAAUGGGACAACAUUCUGGCUUCUCUUAGAUUUCAUGUGGAAAUAUGUGUAUUUUUAUUGAGUUUGGUUGUGCUGCCUACAAGGGGAAUCUGUUUCAUGCUUGUUAAUUGGUUCUUCUUGGCCAAUGAGGUUGUGUUUCACAAAUUUUUAAAGUAUGGAGAAAAGUGCUGGGGAGUUUCCUUAUCUCCAAUACCUUUGAAAGAUAAUGGACCUUCAAGAACUCCCAGUAACACAGAUGACAGAGCCAGCAAUGAAGUGGAAAUAAAGGAACAAUCUGAUGUAGAGUCUGAUCCCAGCAAUAUUGAAAUUCUUUCUGAUGACUCGGAUUUGAAGAGUUCCGUGUACUCUAAACCCACCAUGGUGGAGAGGUUCUUGGCCCUCAAGAAAAGACGGAAGCACAUCGCUAAUGAAACUUGUCAUAAAUGUGAUGUUUCGUUUGCUUCCAUACUGAAAAGAAGACUGUAUUGUCGUCACUGUGGAAACAACUUCUGCUCAAAGUGUUGUAAUCAGAAAGUUCCCAAGUCAAUGUUUGGCGCAACAGCUCCUCAAGCCCAGACAGAAAUGGUCCUAGUUUGCAAUGUGUGCUAUGAUCUACUCAUGAACCAAGCGGACAAGGAAAAACAGAGCUAAUGAACCCUGAAGACCGUUACAUAGCUUACAGCUGCAAAUUCAUUGUAGAAUCCCCACCUUUAUCUCAAAUUGUAGAAAAUCACUGCCAUGGUUGUAUUUUUUUUUUUCGUUUUGUUUGUAAUUUUGUAAUAUGGUUUGAGAAAUUGAGUGUGGGUAAAUAGAGUCCAAGUCUGUUUGGAAUUGAGAGAAAUGAGAAAGAAGUACAUGUAUGUCGGAGAAAUGAAUGUUGGAGAUUUUCAAAUAUUUGUAAAUGCAUCUAUUUUGAUAGCAAGCAUCUAACCUGCAGAGCAGGAAUGCAAACAAAUAAUGAGUUUGAAGAGAAAAUGAUGCUGAUAUUGCUGUGAUAAGAUCUCUUUUGUUUGGUGGUUUACAUUUGGAGUAUAUGAAGAUUGUUAGGAGACUUUAUCUGUGAAUUAUAAGCAUGUACAUGUGUCAUAUAAGAAGAAAUUGCCAUAAACUUUUUCUCUAGAAACUUGUUAUAUAACUUCUGUUAAUUUAUUCAGUCCUUGCACUAUUAUUAUUUAUUUCACUUGUUGUUUUGGGGUUUUUUUCAUCACUAUAUUUUUUUCCAACAGACUUUGUAUUUAAAUCUUCAUUUGUUUUAUGAACUUUUUGUUUUUAUCUAAAGUUAUUAGGUGUAGAUAAUGCAUAGUACUCAGUUUCAAAUUUUUAUGAAAAUUGAACAGUAUUUUUGAUGUUGAAAUCCUUCUUUACCUCCAUUGCAUUCGGAAUCCCUCUUCUUUUUUUUUUGCAAUUCGCACCAUUACUGGUAUAUUUACAGUAUAUAACAUGGGAAGACUUGAUUUUAUUUUCUUUCUCAAUGAAAUCCAAGUUAUUUAGGCUAUUGUAAUCAAAUUCAUUAUCCUGAUUUUUUUUUAUUCAUAGAUAAUAUUCUAACUGAUGUUUAAUUAUGUGUUUGUGCGAUUGAUCUUAAUAAAUCAAAUCCACAAUAUUGUGUGAUUGAAAAAAUAGUGUAUUUCAAACAGAAAACAAAGAAAUUUAUUUCCUUAUUUUAGAAUUCUUAAUUCUGUGAUACAUGUAGUAUACAACUGGUAUGAAAUCAGGAUUCUGUAAAAUUGGAGAUGUUUAUUUGAAUGGUCAGACUGAACAAUAUAUUCCACAUAUGUUGCAGAAUUUUUGUUUUUGUUUAAAAAUAAUGUAUUGUGUAGUAUAGCAUUUUUAAAAGACAAAAAUCUACACAAGUAGUGCAAAUUUGAACACACAUGUAAGUACACAUGUACUUGUAGUUCAUGUUCUUAUGAAUGUACAACAAUGUACAUGCUUGAAUUGAAUUCGUUUUUAUUUUUCAUUUGUUUAGUAGAUUUUGUUUUAUUAAGUGCUUUAGUUUGUUUAUUAUAAGAAUAUGUCAUUUUCUAGGGGUAAUACAUGUAGCAGUAAAUGUUUAUGUCAAUGGCAAGGUAUUUCCAAUCAGCUUACCAUAGAAGCAAUUUUAAAAACUGGGUAACAAAUGAAUUUCAGGAAGAAAAAAAAACGUGUGUAACUCAAUGAAAGCAGAAGUUAAAAUGGCAAAAACCCAGUUUUAAGAAUAUGUGAUCAUAGAUGCAGUGAAUGGCUUUUUUUGUAAAUCAAAUAAUUGUGAGAUGAACAGAAACAUGCAUAUUUUGUUGCUUAUGUAUUUGCAAUUGUAGUUUUUUGAUUUUGUAUUUUUUUUUAGUGGUGACUGGUGCUUCUAGUCUGUUUUUUCUAGUCUUCUGUUUGCAGACUUGCCCCCCCCCCCCUUUUUGUUUGUGGUGUUGGUACAUGUCAUUAUUUGAUGAAUGGAGUUUCUGUAAUCUCAGCCAUUAACUGUGGUGUUAGCUAGCUCUCUUUACUAACUCUACAUGUGCAGUUCUAUAUCAGUAUUGUAAAUAAGCCUUGCCAGAAAAUGUAGAGUGUACCGAAUGCAAGGGAUGAAUGGCUGGCUUCCUUGUCCAGGUAUCUAUGGAUUAGUAUGGAUUUAAUUGAGUUCCUUAAAUAAAUGUGCAUCUUCAAAAUUUUGAUAUUUAUUAAAGCCUUUUAAAAAUU